GGUCACAAUGUUGCUGCAGCUUCUGAGCAACCCACAGCCCUCAGGGUUUAUUUUUGGAAUGCCAUGGCCUUCCUUCCAUUUGUAGGAAGGGGGGUCGAGUUGGUCUCAACAUGAACCUGCCGUUCUGACACUCCAGGCUGGGACAAGCAGGCAGCAGCUGGCCGGCCACCCCCAAGCAGCAGUCCUACAGGGGAAACCUGCCUGGAGCGCUUUAAACUCCACCAAUAAGUUCUUUGCCUGGGUGCAGAAGCAUUCAUGUCUGUUGCUUAUGAUACUAUCCACCAGCUGGGCCUGUUUUCCCAGCAGUACCCUCCACCACUGCUGCCCAAGCCUGGAAAAGACAAUGUCCGUCUUCAGAAACUCCUCAAAAGGACUGCAAAGAAAAAGGCCUCCACCCAGACUUCACAGUCUGCUACACCUUUCCGGUCGAGCCUUUCCCCUGUAAAUGAAGCAAGCCCUGACCUGGAGCGCAGCGACCACUCAACUUCCCCUCAAACACCAGAGACAACCCCUCGACGCAACAGCAUCCAACAACCUCCACGGUUCACUGUCAGGCCAUUGUAUCAACAUGUGCCGUCCCCUUACCCGCAGCGUGCAGCAUUUGAUCGAGCAGUUAGCAUGUCGCCUCCCAUGGUGGCCGCCCCUUCAUGCACGUACUCACACCACGUCACAAAAACGUUAUUAAGUUCUGCUUCAAAUCAGUUUUCUAAAGUCUUAGUCUCUCCAGGAGAAGCAAAGCAAUCUCUGCCAUAUUCCUCUGUGCCUGAGGUAAGCAUACAAACAACUGAACUGGAAACAUUUACUGAAAGCCAAGCAGGUUUAAGACCUGCCCCUCAUGUAGGCAUCCCACAUUCAAAAAUCACAAGUUCAGGUGCAACUCAACAUCUGGUAUCAGCGGGUCAACCUGUGGUUCGGCCUCUUACUGUGUUGACCCCACUCAUAAAAUGUAAAAGUCCACGUCCAACAUUUAAAGCAACUGAACCUUCAAAAUCACCAAAGCCAAUGUUUGAAGUGCCUCAGAUUAGGAUGUAUACAGCAAGCACAUCAUAUUAUGAAACAUCCAGGACACCUCCAGUGUACGACACGGCUGGAUUAACUGCUAUUGGCCACAUAGUACCUCAAAGUAAAACAUUAGCAGAAACAAAACAAGAAGUGCUCACAGCAUCUGAGAUCAGAGGAGGGAAGGCAACAACGACAACAAUGCGGCAUCCUUUAUUAGAUGUAGAUCCUGGUAGAAAGACUCCAACAUCAGAAGUGAAAGGAGCCACCCCAAAGGCUGAAGUAAGAAGAGUCACUCCAACGUUAGAAACCCAGAGAGUCACUUCAGUGUCAGAAAUCAAACAAGCCACUCCAACUCCAAACAUAGAAACAACAAGACCAACUCAAACAGCUGAACAUAAAACCACCACCCCAACAUAUGAGGUCAGGGUUCAAACACCAACUUAUGAGUUUCUGUCGUCCAGACGACCUAAAACCCCAGCAUACCACAUCAGCCGAGCCGCAACCCCAGUCUUUGAAAUCUCACGACCCAAUCCUCUUUUGUUUGCAGUGUCGCCAAUCACAGUGGAUCCAGAGAGGUUAAGGUCCCCCCAAACAAUUUCUUCUGUGAGCACUUCAUUGCCCUCCCUUAAUCUGAAGACAACAGAGCUUUCUGAAACUUUACUAAAUGGGGAUGUCCACUCUGAUGUGACACCUGCAGACAACUCUAUAAAACGAAGUAUUACAAUGUCAAAAUCAGAGUCUGAUCUGACAAGAAGAGUGACUGGCUCUCAAAGAGCUGUAACUCCUAUAUCUGUGUCUUCAACACAAGUAGCCACUGCUUAUCAAAGGCCAAAAACUCCAACUUAUGAAGCCUCUCGCCUUUUGACCACAUCACCAGGCUACAAAAAGCAAAAGACAUUACCAUCAUCUAUUUUACACGUGGUCUCUCAGAGGCCUAAAACACCAGACUCUCAAAAGUCAAAGUCUGCUUACCGUGGACUUACACCAGCUGAAUAUGCUGCUUACAGUGGAAUCAAAACAUAUUCACCUGCAUUUUCCAUUACAACGUCAGUGACACCAACACAAGAUGAGGUUAAAGUUGAAAAAGAAGUUUCAAAACAGAGUAGUCAUGAAGCAAUUGUAAAGAAAGAAUCAUCGGUUGAAAUUCCUGAAAGACAGGACACCACUAGAUGUGAGGAAAAACUGGACCAGAGUCAUGUAAAGACUGGUUCCAGUGUCACAGUCCCAGUUAUUGUAGUUUCAACACCAUCUGACUCAACAGGAACAAUAUCAAUACAAGACCCAUGUACAGCAACCAGUCCAGGUACAGCAAAACAAGCAGCAACAGCGACUCAAGAAAUGCCCAAAGCGAUGGCUGUGCCUUCUGAAAACCAGAAAGAAAAAACCAAAGUAACUACAAAGACAAAAAUAAAAGAUUCUUUUCUAAAAAGUGGUGACCAAGAUUCCCUGAAGGUUGUAAAAAAGCUUUUGAGUAGAGGGAAGGUGCAGACCGAUGAGGAGAAAGCAAAAUGUGACGUGAAAGCUGACAAAUCUGUCAUAAUAGAACCAAAGACACCUGUUACACAGAUUAAGCAUGAAAGCUCAAAAUCUGAAUCUGCUGAACCUACUCCGCCUAUUGAGGCCCCUUCUACUAAGUCAACUGAAAGCCAUAAAAGCAACGCAAAACCAUGUUCAGCAGAUAAACCUGACAAAAAGGGCGUUAAUGACUCCUCCACAGCAGCAGCAUCUCUUCUUAAUGUCAUGCAAAAAUCAAAGGGGAUGAAAUCCAAAGCGAGUGGGUGGUCGCGACUAAAGAAACACAUGGUGGUGGAACAGGAGGAACCAAAAUUCCCAGUGACAGGUUUUCAAGCUGAGAUCCCAGGGCAGGACCAGAGUGAAGAGAUGAGGCUAGAAGAGAAUCCAAGUGGUCAGGAUGAGAAGCUAGCUACACCCAAAGACACAGACACUCCAAAAGCAACUAAGAUGUGGGACGCUGUCCUCUUCCAGAUGUUCUCCUCCAAAGAGAACAUCAUGCAUCAGAUUGAGCUAAACAAAAGUGAAGAUGAAAAAAAUGAGAAAAGCAAUGAGCAGACGGAGGUCCCUUCAUUUGCGUUUAGACUACCGGUGUUGCUUUUCAGCCCCAGAUUUGAUGCUAAGAAGCUGAGAGAAGCAGCCUCAAGACCAGUGUCAAAAAUCUCUGUUGUGUUUGAAAUGGGUCUGAUUGGGCGAAAAGGUAAAGAAGAUGAACCAAAAGACUUUAACAGGAAGGCCAGAGGGUUUGCUGCUUCUUAAACUAUGCCUGAUGUGAAAUGUCCACAUUAAACCAUGGCUAAACCUGUUCUCUAAGUUAAUUUAUCUGUUAACAUAAAACUUCUAAACACUGCUGAAGGAAACUAAACCCCAACUUUAUACUUGACAAAUGCAUUAUAGUAUAACGGUAGCUUAACAGGUGUUAGAGGUUUUAUUUUUAUUUGUAAGCAAAAAUGAGAUGACUUGUCUUAAAUGUCUCCAGACAUCACAACGCAUUAAAAUUUUUAUCUAAUCUGACAAUUUCCA